AUGGAGCUGGGGGUUUGGUGUGUGGGCAGCGGCGGAGACAACCAGACGCGGUACUACAUCAACCGGACGGUGGACGGGGACACUCUGUCCACGGCACUGAGGGGCCUGGUGCCCGGCGUGCUCUACCAGCUGGAGGUCGCGGCGGUGACCAGCGCCGGGGUGGGGGCCCGCAGCCAGCCACUGUCCGUGCUCAUCAAGCUGCCAGCUGAAGCGCCCUCUGCUCCAGGCGGGGGGGGCCCCAGCGACGGCAGCGAGGAGAGCAGCGUGAGUCUGGCGGAGCAGAUUACCGACGUGGUGAAGCAGCCGGCUUUCAUCGCGGGCAUCGGGGGGGCCUGCUGGGUCAUCCUCAUGGGCUUCAGCGUCUGGAUCUACUGCCGCCGCAAGAAGAGGAAGGAGCUGAGCCACUACACCGCCUCCUUCAACUACACCCCCGCAGUUGGUUUUCCUCAUGUAGAGGGAGCAGGACUCAAUGGAAGGCCGGGGGUUCUCGGGGGGAGCAUGGGAAACUACCCGUGGCUGGCCGACUCCUGGCCCGCCACCAACCUGGUGCACAGCGGGAAGGAAGAUGUCACCUGCUGCACCGCCAACCACGACACCGCCGAGAGAUACUACAACGAGGCGGGUAUCUCCAACUACCUGAACCAGACGGAGAAGUACAGCAUGGGGGGCUCCACUGAGGGCCCGAUCUACAGCACCAUCGACGCCACCAACGAGGAGAUGCACGGCUUCACCUACGCCCAGCACACCUCCCCCACCCCCUACGCCUCCACCUCCAUCACGCCUUGCCCCACCCACACCCAGGGGUCCCACAACAGCGAGCAGCAGGAGGAGGGACACUGGAUCCCCCAGCCCGGGCCCUCUGGGGCCCAGUAUGCCCAGCCGGACCGCUGCACUGGUAAGCCCAAACAGAAGGCCAUGGGUAAGGCUGUGAAGACCCCGUCUCUGACCUGGAUGGAAGCGUUGCCCCCGCCCCCCCCCAUCGGAGAGCUGGAACAGUGUGAGCCGGACGAUCAGCCCCCGGAGCACGAGGACAUGGACAUAGGGUCGGAUGAAGAGUGGUGCCCCCCCCUGCCAGAGAGGACCUAUCUGAUGGAGGGCUGCGAGGACGGACCCUCCCCCCUACACAGGAACACCGCCUCCUCUCCAGCCACCUCCUACAGUCACCAGUCCACCGCCACGCUCACCCCUUCGCCUCACGAGGAGCCCCGGGGCCCCCAUGACCCCCCACACCUCAGCCAAGCAGACCAGCAGCUGUCACGCAGAAGGUUGGCCUGUGGUCCGGUGCCAGUUCCCCAGGCCCCCAGCCCUCUGCCCCCCCCCUCCAUCCCUAGCCUCUCCGGCCAGCAGCAUCACGGCUCAUCGGCGGCUGGCAUGCUGCAGUGCCAGAGCCCCGCCCCCCGCGGUCCACACAGCCAGGGGCCCACGCUCAACCCAGACAGCGGCAGCACUACACCGGUGCACAGUCGCUCCUCCCCAGCAGAAACCUGCACUCCCCCCAACCAAAAAUCCAGAGUGAAGAAAAAGGUGUCCAAGAGUUCAGCUUACAGAAGAGAUGCGCAAGGAGGUGAGUGGGCUUGGGUCUGGGUUUAA